AUGCGUAGUAGAGGAGACAACGCCGCUACAGAAGGUCCUACCUUGUCUCGAAGCACCCUUGCUGAAGCUAAAGCAUCAGUACUUGUUGAGCUCUUGUCCACUCAGGUGUCAGGCAAUGAUGGAAACAAUCCGGCUGUGAGUCGAGCUUGCGCCAUGUGGUUGACAUCAUGCUGACUCAGUCACAAAUUGAUCCCCACAGAAGGACCAGAUCGCGAUGCAGCGCCCUGACAACCAAGCUUGCCAACUCUUUUGCGGCUUCUGA